CUACAAUAUGUAUAUAUAUAAAUAUACAUAAUAUUUUAUUAUAUCAUAAUACCAAAAAAAAAAAAAAAAAAGAAAUACUCUCCCUGUUUAUCCAGGCGCCUCCUGCUCCGUCCCACACUCUCCCGUCGGACUCUCCCGCUGGGCUUGUGUGUGGGGCGGCUUAAACAACAAUUAUUCCCGUGCUUUGUAUUGCCUUGAAACGACACAGUUUUAUAUAUAUAAAUAUAAAAUGAAUACUGAAGCCACAAACCCGAAGACGACACUUAUGUGCAGCAGCAGCGACUCGGAGGAGGAGCUGCGGCACAUGGCGCUGACGCCGCCGAAGCAGAAGAGCCGUAAGCGUCUUUCGAAGCAGCUCUCGAUGUGCGAGACUCCGCGCGACGUGGCUUGGGAGAGGCGGCGGCGGCAGAUUUUGGAGCAAGAGCGAAGGAAGAAUAUGAGCGUUGAGUCGUCGAGCGGGGGCGAUGAUUUGACGGACGAGGAUCUUAAUGAGCUGAAAGGGUGUAUAGAGCUUGGGUUUGGAUUCAAAGAAGAAGAAGGUCAGAAGCUUUGUGGGACUUUACCAGCACUUGAUCUUUACUUUGCUGUUAACCGGUCUCUGAGUAGUCCUGUUUCCACGCCCCAGAGUCGGGCCUCCACGUCUUCUUCUUCCGUUGGACAAUCGCCGUCGUUUGGAAGUCCCAGGAGCGAAUCAGACUCAUGGAAAAUAUGCAGCCCAGGUGAUAAUCCUCAACAAGUUAAGACGAAGUUAAGGCAUUGGGCUCAAGCUGUUGCUUGUUCGGUGAUGCAAUCGUCAUCUUGAGCAACAUAUUAUUAAUUAAUGGGAUUAUUAAAGCAUAGCAAAAGGAUCAAAUAUCAAAUAUCAACAUUCAAACAAGAAGAGAGAGAGAGAGAGGGAGAGAUGAUAGCACAAGCAGGUUGAUCAAAUAUCAAACGUCUAAAUCAAUGGGGUUAAUUAUUAGGAGAAAUUUUACACUUGGUACACGGCUACGUACGUACUAUAUAUAAGUUAUAACCAACACAUGGUGGGGCUUAAUAAUUUUCUUUAUGAAUGUGAUAAUGUUACAUGUGGGGCCAAAGGAUAGUUAAUUGGGGAUUAAUCCCAGCUUUGGUUACAGCAAAUUAAUUAAUUAAUAUGUUCUCAUCUA